UAAUGUUAUCAAGCUCAUAAAAAUCCCAAGUUUAUAAACGAACUUCUUAUCUGACUGAAUCAGUCUCUAUUCCCAAUUCAGCCAGACCUUAGUCAUCCUACGUAAACACAUUGGAAAAGAAAGAACUUAGAAGGUACAUUUAAUUUCUUAUUAGAUAUCCUACUGAAUGGGCUGAAUAAGUUGAUAAUAAAACUGACAAUAGGUUUCAUCAUGUCAUCAUUAAUUAAAGUAAGGCUGACCAUAAUCCUAAUUUGGCAUCUCCCAGUAAAAUUUUCGGUUUGACAGAAAGGUUAAUUUUACCCUCUAUUUCAAUAGUCGACGUUUAAAUACUCAAAAUGAUGAUUUACUAUCAGCUUUCAGAAGAAAAAACUAAUCUUUAAGCAAUUUAGGAUGUUGGUAAUUCAAUAGUACUCCUGUUGCUAAUUAAUCUUAAAAUACUUAAGGUAAAGCCUCAACAACUUAAAAACCAUAACCCAUGUUAACAAGAAAAUUAGAUCAAUCUGUUCCUCUUAGAGAUUUGCUUGAAUUGUCAAAAUAAUUAGAUUCAGCUACACCUGAAGAGAUAUAAUAAUUAUCUAGGGGAUAUGUUAACGAGCUUGUCUAAUUAUAAUAGACUAUAACAAGAUCCUUAAAAUAUAUUAAAAGAUGAG